UGAGCUGCUAGAGUGAACAGAACACUUCACUCUGGGGUGAGUUUGACUUCAUCAACUUUGCUCAAUUUUAACAUUGUCUUCAUCUUUAAUAAGUAUUGUUCUCCUUUUCUUAAAUCCAGAAAAACAGAUCUUUGUAAUGGGUCCAGAAGAGAAACUUAAUGCCACGUUUGUUCGCCCUGCAAGGUUCUAUAUCAGUGGGUUUACCAACAUUCCUCAUGUGAAGUAUUACUAUGUGUUCCUGUGUUUUGUCUACAUCCUGACUGUUCUGGGGAAUUGCUUCCUCCUGUUAGUUAUUUACCUGGUGGAGGCCCUGCAUACUCCCAAAUACAUGAUUGUGUUUAACCUGGCGUUCACAGAUUUGUGUGGCAGCACGGCUCUCAUACCAAAACUCUUAGACUCCUUUUUGUUUAACAGGAGGUACAUCGUCUAUGAGGCUUGUUUGAGUUACAUGUUCUUUGUUUUAUUUUUUGGAGGUGUGCAGUCAUGGACGCUUGUCACAAUGGCAUAUGACAGAUUCAUAGCAAUUUGCUUCCCUCUAAGGUACCAUAGUAUUGUUACUAAUCAAACUAUUGGUGUGAUGCUGCUGAUUUCAUGGGUUUGCACUACAACUUUUUUGGCAACAGUUGUAAAGCUCAUUGAUCGUCUGUCAUUCUGUGGAUCUUUGGUGGUGAAGACCUUUUUCUGUGAUCACUCCCCUGUUUAUCGCCUGGCUUGUAAUGACACAUCCUUAAAUAACAUAAUGGCAUAUAUUGCUUUCCUAGCAUUCAUCUGUUUUCCUCUGAUAUUGAUAGCACUGACAUAUGUUAGUAUUUCAGUAGCACUAAAAAGGAUUGCAUCAGGAGAGGAGCGACUUAAAGCUUUCAAAACUUGUUCAUCUCAUCUGAUUCUUGUGGCUAUUUUCUUUCUUCCAAUUCUGGGCUCCAACAUAGCGACAGUGGCCACUUAUAUUCACCCUAAUGUCAGGAUCAUUAACUCCUCUCUGACACACACCAUACCAGCAUUGCUUAACCCCAUUGUUUACUCUUUAAAGACAGAGGAAAUUCUCAACUCUAUUAAGAAGCUUUUCAAAAGAAAGAAGAUAGAUAAAGCUACUAAGAUAUAAUGAAAUAUUUCUGAAUGCCAUAAUCACACAUAAGAAGUGUUAUAGCAGCAUUGUUGUUUUUAUUUGCCCUUUUUGCUACCUUUCUCUCAGUCAUCAGUUAUUUUAAUCCUCACAUUUGCUGUAUCCUCCUGAGGCUCAAGCAUUUGUUUGCGAUGCAUUUUUAAUUCCCCAUACCUAAUUGGGAUUACAAGGACCCAAUAUAAAGUACAACAUUUUUUAAAUAUUAUAACACAGGACGUUGAUUAACUUGCAUGGUAAAAUGUUACAUGUAUAGCAUUAUGUCACAGCACUACAUUAAAAGCCUAAGCUACUGUGUAGGGGAUUGAAAAGUUCUGUCUGUAAAGUUCUUUGUUUAUUUCUUCUUUACACAACAGGGAUUUUUAUAAUCAGCGUCUAAUAUGUAAAAUCUCAAUUUUGUGAAUAUGAAGUUAAUGUUUGAGAAAAACUUCUUUGUCGAGUUAAUUUGUAUCCGUGCAGUUCAACACUUGUAAAGGAUUGAUAUCUGCCUGAAGAGAACUUUUGGUGCUUUCAAAGACUGUUUGCUGAAGUGAUUGCUGCUCUGUGCGAACGCUGGUUAUCUGUCGCUUUGCUGUUUCUUGACUGGUUGUCAUUUGUGUGCUGUUCUGCAUUAAAUACAAAUUCCAAAGAUUGAGAUAAUUGUGAAUAAAUAAAUACUUUGAUAAAUAAACAUAGUAAAAUGUAAAAAGUAAGAAUACACUUCAUCAUAAAUGAAUAAAUACGU